AUGGACGACACUCCGGGGUCGCUGCCCUCAAACCAUGCUGCCGUCCUCUCGGCCGCAUCCACAGCCCACUUCCUCUCGAGCCAUUUCGCCUCCGUCGAUACCAUCUCCCGAUCCAACUCCCCCGGUCCCCCAUACACAAAGGCGGACGAGGAUGACAAGAAGCGCUACCGCCCCCGUACCUUCAGCUACUUCAACCACCUCCCCUUUCCCGUCGAGGAGGAGUCACAACGCGAUGCUGCUCUCGCAGGUAUCCUCAAACACCUCUACAUCGCCAUCAAGGCCGAAGACUUCAGCCCAGGCGCUCUGCAUUGGACCAGAGAGCUUCAGGGAUGGCUGAAUCUGAAGUUUGAGAUGACCAGAGAGCUCCGCGCCACCUUGGCCAAGCUCUACUACCACCUGUGCUUGGCUCCUGGCCUGGAUCCCAGUACCGCAGACCGUUUUCUGCGCAUGGUCGUUGUGCUCACUAGGAAAUACCACUACCUCAAGCCUGUCGAUGACUUGCUGCUCGACUGGCGUCCUUUAUGGCGUGAGAUCAAGGCCCUCGUUUUGCCCUCUGAAGUGGCAUCCCACCAGACGAAUCGCCGUCGAUCGCAUAAGCAGCUGUGGAAGCUUUGUCUCCACGCCCAAACAUACUUCGACCCGAAAGACCGGAAGGAGAUGCUCGACGAGUUCUUGCCCUACUUCAGUACGUCGGACGUGUCGAAUGCCUACAUCGUCGUCGGUACCAUCAACGCUCUGCUACCCACGGACUCGGCCCCCGAGAACGUCCCCUGCUCCCAGCCGCAAUCGUUCAUGCCGACACUGUUCCAUCUGUGGUCAUUAAUCGCCCGGUCUAAGAGUUUCGACAUCUUCUUUAUCGACCUUUACUCCCGCAUGGCGAGGGACUUUCUGCAGUCGUCACACACCCCUUUUGACGCCCAUGGCAUCUUCACUCAGGAGCAGUCCGAAUGGAUCUUCACGGCCGUUUUGCGCCUGACCGAAAUCCCCGUGGGCCAGUCCAACUCGCCAUACUCGACGCUGGACUAUUCCUCCGGCUUGGGUCUGUACUUGGAGAAAGAUAAGAAGAAGUAUCCUACGGCCUACAUGAUCGCGCGCUGGAUCGUCUACUCCCUGUCGCCCAAGUGCCUCGAGCAGGAGAGCUCCAUCCUGUCCAGUCUCGAGGGACUUCUUGAGGCCAUCGACACCUUCUACCACCCGUCCAACGCCGGUUCUUGGACGACCUUCCUGGGCCAAUUCACCGUGUAUCUGACUGACAUUUUUGUCUCCCGCUGGAAUAGGGAGAAGAGCGGCGAGCUCGAUACACCGGAGGACCGCAAGAUCACCCCUGCUCUCAAGCAGCGUUUCGUCACUGCGCUCAAAGAGGUCACUUACAUGGGUCUGUUCUCCAAGAGCAACAGGGUUGCCCACUACUACUACGCCUCUCUCCAGGGCCUGGCCUACCUGGAGCCCAAUCUCAUUUUGCCGGGUGCUCUGCAGCGCUUCUACCCCAGUUUGCAGGGCCUGGUCGAGGUUCACCGUACAACGUCAAGUCUGAACGGGUUGCAGAUGAUUGCAAACGUCAUGUCCAAGACCAAGGGUUUCAGGUGCCAUAUCACCGCUCUGCUGGCUCUGGCCCUCCCUGGUAUCGAUGCCAACGAUCUGGGCAAGACACAGUACACCCUUAACUUCUUCCAGAGUGUCGCCUACAGCAUUCCCAUGGUUCCUCUGGUCAAAGACGGGGAUUCGGUUCACGACACUACUUUGGCCAUGCAGUGGGUCCAAGGCGAAAUGGAGCGCAUGGAGCGCGAGGGCCAGGAUAUCAAGCUCGAUUACGAGACCGAAAUCACCGACGAAGACGAGGCGAACAUCCUGAGAUCGUCGACCGCGGGCCUUGGGGAGUUCGUCAUCGCUCUUCUCGGCAAGGUUUUCACGCUGCUGGAGAAUCUCCCAGACGCGUCCCACAUUAGGGGAGGAACACCGGAGGACAAUGUCAUCAACGCCCUGCCCGCGGCGCUGUCUCCUCUUUUUGCAUCACUCUCUCCGGAGUUGUUUGACACUGCGCUCGAGAAGCUUUCAUCAUUCGUCUCAACACAUGUUGUUCACCAGGCAAGAGAUGCGAUGGCCUGGAUUCUCAACGCUCUGUGCAAGGUGAACCCGGAAAAGACGCUCAAAGUCUUCAUCCCAAUGCUCAUUGUGAACAUCCGCAACGAGAUUGACUACAACCACGCCGCAUCAGACAGAAGCAGUGGUACAGACUACCUUCCAAGAGACCGUGCGCUCGUGUGGCAUGUGAGCAUGCUCGGCAUGACCGUCGUACAUGUCGGCAACGAGGUCUUGAAAUACCAGACUGAGCUCCAUGACAUUGCGAAAUACAUGCAAGAAAAGUGUCGCGGACUUCCCACCAUUCACAUCUCCAACUACAUCCACCACUUGCUACUCAACUUGACGCACACUUACCCCAUAGACAGCGCCCUGUAUGAGCCGGAUGUGAUCAAGCGAGGCCUCGACGUCAAGGAUUGGGGCAAGACCACUUCCCCAGCCGAUCUGACGAUCAAGUGGCACCGUCCAUCGGCAGGCGAGGUGCAGUUCGCGGUGGAACUCUUCGACUCGCAAACCAAAGCUGCUGCGGACAAGUUGGACUCCCUGAUGAGUGAGAAGCCGCCAGUCAGUCGUAAGGGAAAGAACAAGGAGUGGUCCGACGAGGUCUCAAGACUUCUGCAGCAGAUCCGGCUAGUAAUCUCCGGCGUUGCCACUCUGUUCGACCCCCAUCGCGCAUCCGGAGAGAGCCCGAGCAACGACAGACCUGGGGAGGAUGGGGACGGCGACACUCCUAUGGACGACGACAACCCUCUCGCUGAAGCUGCCGAGGAUGAGGAGACACGACCCCAGUACCGGUACGAUGCUGGCUACCUCCUCACCACGGAAGACCCGGCUUAUCACAAGCUGCAUGAGCUGAGAGAGGAUGUCGGCCAGUUACUCUGCAGGACUCACGACUUCCUCAACGGGAAUCAGGAAGACGAUGUCUCCUGCUUCACCGCGCUCUACGCCGCCUACCGCACAUGGAUCACCGACGUUGGCAUCGAGCGGUCCGCCCACCCUCUCGAGAGACAUCUCCGUCUGUACAAGUCGGACAUCUCCGCCUUCAAGAUCAGCGGUCUGCGCAAGGUUUAUCCGCGUCCCCUGUUAAUCAAGCGAGCGGACGCGUAUCAGUUACUACGCGUAAAGCACAACGCAUCUGCGAGACAGAAGAGCGAGCUGGAUAAGCGGCUUUUGUUGAACCUGGCACAGUCGGCGGUGUCGUCGUACGCUGAUGUUCGUCGGGUUGCUCAGAGUGCAUUGGAUUCUUCGCUGAAGGCGCUAAUCGGGGGAAGGCCCCUGGUUAUCCCCGUCCUCAUUGAUCGGCUUCGUGUCGCUCUCGACCAAGUGGACCACGAUCGAAUCAAGGGUGCCAUGUACACCCUCUUCUUCACCACCUUGCUCAAGACUAUCCUCAAGGACUGGAGGUUCGCUCCCGAGGCCAUGCGGCUCUACCUGAAGGCGGGUACGAUCGACAAGCCUAGCAUCCAGCAGCUCGGAGCUACGGCGCUGUUCCCCCUUCUGGAUUUUGGUAAGCCCUUUGAGCGCAUGAUCAUCGUCAAUCAGGACCUCGUGGAACAGAUCCGCCCGUCAGACGACUGUUCCCAUGCCAUUGACAGCCGCCACAACUUCAUUGUUCAGCGUCGUGAACGUGUCGAAAAGAAAAAGGCCGCCUUGGGGUUGGAGUUGACCCAGAUCGCCAAGGAGGCGCACUGGAAGAUCGCGUCUCGUUGCGUCAUCUUUUCAACCAACUUGUGCCUGCGGUUCGACACCCUGGCGCCCCCCGAAUUCAUCACCCUCGUUACGCAAGGUACAAACGACAGCCACCCAGGCCUCCGUGCUAGUUACAUGUCCGCAUUCACUUCGGUUUUCGAGGCAGUGGAGAUGCGAGCCGCUUACGACCAUGACUACCGCAACUACCUGACUGAGAAGGAGAAGGACCGAAACAAGUUGACGAUCGAGGUAACGAAAGGCGACAAGGCAUUCACCGACAAAUACCUAGAUGCGUUUGCCACCCCAGAAAAUGCGGAGUAUAUGGUCGACUCAGAUCAUCCAGGUUGGUUGGUCUGGGGCAAAAAGUUCCUCGCGUCGCGCGCAAAGCCCAUGGCUUUCACCGAUUACGAUGAACGAGAAGCCGCUGUUCGGGAGCAAAUCGGCAAGAUGCUCACUCGCGAGUGGUUGAAGACCUGUUUCGACUACCUCAAGCAAGAACCGCGCGAUGCAAACGCUGAUAGGUUUCGCAUGGGCAACGUCUAUAUGCUGAUGCACGUGUUCGACUUGAUGCACUAUGGAGGAACGGCCAUCACACUAGACGAUGUCAAGGAGCUCACCAUGGAGGUGUAUGGCGACGGCAGUGACAAGCAUCAACACCGAGCGACGUCAGAGAUUCUGGCAGCACUGAUGGCUGGCUCCAGCGAUGAUCCGCCUGACUUCCGCAACAAGGUCUGGGGCUUCGCUGCACCCCUGAUGCUGAAGGUUCUCAACGAGGAUCUCACCCCUGAGAACCUCCAAUAUUGGGUGUCUUGUCUGCACCUUACCGUCGACCCGAAGGAUCCUCGUCGCUCACACGAACUCGUCAACAACCUCAGCGCCUUCAGGCUCGACAUGUCGUCCAACGCUGCCUUCAAGGAAUCGAGCAAGGUGCAGGUGCUGGAGUUUAUCAUCACCGAUGCCGGUUGGCAUUACCGCCAUGAAAAGCCGAUCUUGGAGGACUUCCUUGCCCACAUCGAUCAUCCGUAUAAGACAGUAAGAGAGGCUAUGGGCAGGGUCAUCGCUACUAUUUACCGCACGAGAUACCACGAGUCCUUCGAGAGUGUCGACGCUCUGUUGAAAGCGAACCAAGAAGCCUCGUCUUUGGGCAUUCGCCCAUACCAACCUACUGAGGCCUUCUCCGCGACCAUCCUUGACACCUUUGGCCGUCUCGAGAAGUGGCGUCACGAACGCACUCCGGGCCAGCAAACGCCGUCAUCUUACACAUCUGGGUCAAAGACCGUACUCACUUGGCUAGACAGCACGCUAUCCUCUCAGGAGUGCACGCAGCUGAUGCCAUUCUUCCCGGAGCCGUUUAUGGAGCAGCUCCUUCACAUGAUGGAUGUCAAAGAGGACCCUGAGUUGAUGCGUCUUGCCUAUCACGUCUACCGCCACUUGCCCAACAUCCCCUUCCGUGUUGGUGAGGACGGUGCAUUCAUCGAUGCCUUGGUGCGAAUUGGCAAAACCGCCACGAGCUGGCACCAACGUCUGCGGUCUAUGGUCAACAUGCAAGUGAUUUACUUCCGUCGCCUGUUUCUCAUCGAGAAGAAGCAGCGGGACGUCUUGUUCAACGCUGUGAGCGACAUGUUGGCGGAUCCUCAGCUCGAGGUUCGCUCUUGCGCAUCUGCCACCCUGGCCGGCAUGAUCAGGUGCUCGCCGAAGCGUAUUCGCGACCCCACCAUUCAAGUCUUGAAGAAGAGAUACGAGGACGAGCUUCGACUCAACCCCAUGCCCAAGCGAAAGCUUCCGGGCACCGAGACGCCUGUCGACACGACGAAGCAGAUCGUCCGCCGCCACGCUGCUGUCCUUGGCUUGGGUGCCCUCAUCGAGGCGUUCCCGUACGCCACCCCGCCUCCGUCAUGGAUGCCCGAAGUUCUCCAGAUCCUUGCGACCCGCGCAGCCAGCGACCCUGGCGUAGUCGGAAAGGCGACGAAAGCCAUUCUGUCCGACUUCAAGAAGACGAGGCAGGACAGUUGGAGCGUAGACCAGAAGUAUUUUACUUCAGAACAGCUAGAGGACCUGGAGGGUGUGCUGUGGAAGAGCUAUUUCGCCUAG